UCAAAAACACAUCAUAUGUGGGUCUAGGAAGUUAAUUAGUUUCGUGAUUUUGGGCCUGAGGGACGAUGAGCAGCCGGAAGUCUAAGUAAUUGCAGUCACUGGAGGAGUCAGUGCUGCCGAUCGACCAGGAGGACACUGUCCGAGUGAUCGCCGAGCAUAUUCGUCAGCCCCAAACGGAUCUCUUCGAGCAAAGCCGGCUUCAGGGCAGUAUCAAGGAUGUGAACCUAAGUGUCCUGCAUCUGGAGGAUGCAAUGAAGUUUAGGGAUACCAUGAAGAGCUUCCAGGUCUCGCCCACUGCCGAGAGCCUCGACGAAGUAAUGCCCGUCAAGAACAAGGACCUCGAUGAGAUGUUGGAAUUGUUGGUCGAUGAUGAGGACGAGGACGAUGAAGAGGAGGAUGACGACUUCGAUGAGGAUGACGAUGAUGAGGACGGUGGUGGAGAUGAUGACGAUGACGAACAAGAUGAUGUGGAAGAGGUCUCAAACAUGCCCCACAUCCUCAGGAACUGGCUGGAUCGCUUUAAAAAUUCCAAGUAAAGGAUCUAUCUAGGGAAAAGUUUUAGAAAAAUUAUAUUCCUUAAAUCUGUUGUAUAUCCAGAAUAUCUUUAGACUUUAAAAUAAAUCAAGCUUUGACUUAGUGACCUCCA